AUGGUAGAGGAUGAACUGGCACACUUCGAUAAAAUCAUAAGUGAAUUUGGGAGUAAGUUCAAAAACACCCUCAGUGACACUCCCUGUCAGAUGGUGGGGCUAAAAGAUGCCUACAAGGACUCCAUUAAAGCACUUUCAGAAAAGUUGUCUGCAAAAUUAAAGGAAGAAGAAAGAAUGAUUGAGAUGUUUCUGGAAUAUCAAAAUCAGCUCUGCAAGCAGAAUAAGAUCAUUCAAGAAAAAAAAGAUAACCUGUUAAAGUUGAUUGCUGAAGUAAAAGACAAAAAGCAGGAAUUGGAAGUACUGAUGGCAAAUAUCCAGGAUCUGAAGGAAGAAUAUUCUAGAAAGAAAGAAACUAUUUCCAUUGCUAACAAAGCUAAUGAAGAGAGGUUGAAAAGGCUGCAGCAGUCAGCAGAUGUGUAUAAAGAUCGACUUGGACUAGAAAUUAGAAAGGUUCAUGGUGAUAAAUUGCAGUUUAUAUUCACCGGUAUUGACCCUAAGCAUCCCGAGAGCCCGUUUAUGUUUUCCCUACGUAUAAAUGAAGCAAGAGACUAUGAAGUGUCUGAUAGUGCUCCUCAUCUUGAGUGCCUAGAAGAGUUUCAAGAGAAUGUAAGAAAGACCAACAAUUUUUCAGCUUUUCUUGCCAAUGUUCGGAAAGCUUUUACUGCUAUGGUUUAUAAUUAA